UGGUGGGUUAUCUGGUUAAGGUAACUUAGUGAAAAGUAUGUAAGCGGAAGUAAAAACCGCAGAAAGUAAUACUUUCUUCUAGACAUCGUACUGCAACUAUGACGUUGAAAAUGCGCUUGUCCUCGCUCUUCGACAAUCCCGAUUGUCUUUUAAAUCGCAGGAAUCGUCGUCAGUUCGUUGUUACUUUGCUGGGUAAGGAUUCGAAUAAAAUGCAGUUGAAUGAUUAUCCUAAAGAGCCUUCCAUAUGCCAGUCAACAUUAUGACUUUUUCGCAUGGCUUCGGUGUGGGUUGAAUGUCGCCGGUGAUGAGGGAUCUCCCAACGGAUCAAUCGCUCCUCGAUUUCCCCGUUCUGGUGGAGGACAUUUCCUGGAUAGGAUCCCUGGUGGGAAUGGGAAGUAUGUUGGGCAACAUUUGAUGAAUCGCAUUGGACGCAAGCUGGUCAUGUUCGGCAUUGCAUUUCCCUAUAUGGUGAGAUACAUUUUAAGACAACGAUAACUGGCCACCUAUUUCGUCAUGGGGUUUGGUAUUUUCCAGAUGUUUUGGUGCAUGGUAUACUACGUUCAGAGUGUGGAGUACCUCUACGUGGGUCGUCUGCUGGCCGGAAUGACUGGAGGUGCCUCCUAUGUCGUCCUUCCAACAUUUCUUAGCGAGAUUGCCGACAACAACAUUAGCGGUCGUCUGGGAUCCAUGAUUCUGUUGAUGGUGAACACGGGAGUCCUUUCGAGCUACAUCGUGUCCUCGAAUUUUAAUUACUUUACGACACCUCUGCUUAUAAUCGCCCUGCCCGUGUGCUACUUCAUUGGCAAUUUCCUUUUCCAGGAGACUCCACAUCAUCUCAUACGCAGAGGAAAAUUCACGGAAGCGCAAAACUCUUUUAGGUUCUACAAAAACAUUGGAAGAGACGACAUCAAGGCUGAAAGUGAAUUCGAGGACUUGAAGAUUCAAUUGAUUAAAGCGGAGAAAGAGAAGGCUCAGUCCUUUAAUUACCGGGAUUUCAGUGAGUAACAAAGAGGAUUAAGACCUUUAAAUGGCAUUUAAUUUAUUGUUCUUCCACAGUUACCAAACCCGCUUUUAAGGCAUACACGUCUGCGACUGUCCUGUUGAUAGCCAAUCAGUUCAGUGCCAGUUUCAGUAUUUCCUCCUAUUUAUCGACCGUUUUUGCUGCCUCCCAUACCACCUUGAAUCUGACCAUGU